GGGUAUAAUGGUGCAAGCCACAAAGGGACACUGCACGCCUUCCAGCAAGUCGAAUACUGCUUGGCAACUAUUGAAAGACACGGUACAGCUAAGACCGUUCGGAAAACUCAUUUUAGUUUGUCGAUCGUACGAAAAGAUGGGAAAGAUAUCGUAGAAUAUUACUUCUGACAGCGUAAUAUAACAAAAUCCAAAAAGAGGUCUUAUUAAGAAAAGGAUAAAAAUUUCGUACUAGUACCGAAACCUGAUACGGGACGCUGACGUAAAUAUUGAUGAAAAGCAUGGAUACAUCUCAGGACGCCAAUGUGGACUACAAGCAGCUCUUAGAACAACAGAUUAAAACUAAUGCUGAACUGACAAGUGCUUUGGAAAGACUUACUCUGGGAGGACGCCUUCAGUUCAUCCCACCUGCUCGUUUUAUCAAACCCGAACCCAAGCCACCCACCCCAGCAGUUUUGCCUCCGCGUCCUCCUGCUGCUACCGCCGAGCCUGUAGCUGUGGAAACACCUAAAGAUAUUGAACUGCAUCGCGUCAGAAGCUGUCCCGUUAAUCUGGACCACGCCCGCUCAGCCUUGGCUUUACAUGGCAACCAGUCGCAAAAGCAGCGUCAACUGGACAAUUACUGCGAAACCUACUUGCACCGUAUUGGGCGUGCUGCGGACGGGCAGACCAUGUUUAGCGUUGGAGUCAUUGCUCAGCCCUGCGCCGCCGAUCGCUUUGGAGUAAUAUCGGCGAAACUGCCUAACGGUGAUAUCGGGGAAUAUACGUAUAACGAAAGUGAUCUAAUGGGCAAACCAUAUGCUGCACCGAACAUUGGGGAUUUGGUCUACUUUGUGUAUCCAAAUCGUGGACCGAAGGAUGUCCGUACGGCAGCGUUUGUUAUGCCCAUGAAGUUGCAAAGUGCGAGCUGGUAUCGUGCGCCAAACCACCGUGAACGUGGAAUCGUCCUGCGAGUGAUGCGUCAUCAAGGAGGAGUAUACAUUGGCACGGCAUAUAACAAUGUUGUAAUGUUCGCUCCUUUUCGGGCUGUGGUUCAUCCAUGCCAGUACACGCGCCGCGGCGAUCAUGUCGAAUUCAACAUUCCGCCAAAUUACGUGCCCCCAAAGGACACGAACGCCUUCAGCUUCACGGAAGGUCUGAUCAAUGUUUGUGUGGUGCCAGCCGGUAGUUUAUGGGAAGGUUCUCUGAGUGAGGAGAAGAUUGUGGGAUACGUUAGUCGAGUUCCGUCCCAACAGAACAACAAUACCGGUUUAAUCCAGUUCAUGGAUGAAAAGAAGAUUAAUCCGGAUCAAACUCUGAAGAUGUCCUAUAUUGCUUUUAACCCGAAGGAUGUUAACUACGACCACAGCUCGUUGGUGAAAAUGAAUCACAAGGUUAGUUUUAGAAUUCUCGCCUGUGGUGAAAAGCGAGCUCCAAUAGCUGUCAAUAUUGGCAUCGAGGAAGGUCUGGAGAAGUUCCGCGGUCAUAUUGUAGCCGUGUGCAACGGAUAUGGAUUCAUUGAGCAUGAGCAUUUGACCGAUAUCUGGUUUCACUUUACUCGUUUACGCCCGGGUGUGGACGGCAGAAAACUGCGCAUUGGAUGUUUAGUUGAGUAUUCGCUGCUACCGCAAAAGCCGGAUAGGAGUGGCUUGCAAGCCUGUCAAGUGCAGCCGCUGUUGCAUCAGUAUCUUCCGGGAUAUCAGAGACUGGAGGACGAUGCAUGGCACGUGGGAGUUGUGGAGCGUGCACUGCGAAACACUAACCCAGCACAAAGCCAGUACCAUGGUUUAAUUCGAACUCGCAUUAACGAUCAAGAAGAGGUGUAUUUAUUCUCCAUGAGUGGUAUCGUGCGGAAAUACGAAGCGCUGCAGGUUGGAGAUCGAGUGAAGUUUCAAGUUGGACUUGACGGACAAACUACGCUCCGUAGAGCGGUUAAUAUAAUUCGCACGGCGUAUGUGCUACAAGUGAAGACUUUGCGAGCCGAUGGCGAGUUUGGAUUCUUAUACUUUGGAGGACAGGACUUGUUUUUCCACUCUAGCCAAAUUAGAAAUCGCAUGCGACCACAUCAGGGUGACUGGGUAGAGUGUGCUUUGGCUAAAGACCGACAUGGAAGAUUGUGUGCAUCUAGUGUGCGGAUUCUGCAUCCACGCGAAAUGACACGAGAAAACUAUGAGAAAGCGAUGACACUGAAUCCACGGGUAGAAGGUGAUUUCCCUCGUCCGCACAUCCAACCGCGUAAUGGAGGCAUGAGUGAUAAAGACUACAGUAAUAUGGAGGACUUUGAUUUGGAUCAUGGUUAUGGAAGCUCCGGGCAACCGCGCAGCCAUAAUGUUCCCCGAGAGCCCUAUUGGCUGGUUGUCGUGCCGGAUAUGUUCCGUGACAGCUGUAAAGCUAAGGCUAGUCAGAUUAAGGUGCCUAAGCAUCUGCAUGACGCUUGGCUUAACGGAAUGUCUACCACCAUCAACUUCAAGCCACCGGACGUUCCCGCCUCCGUGGCAACUAAUUCAACGUCCAAGUAUAACGGUGAACUGGGCGAUUUUGAGCGAACGAAGGCUAGCGAAAUUUCAAUUCAGGAUCUGGUUAAGGCGCAGCAGGAGUUCAAGCAAAUGCGCUCGAGCACCGGUGAAAAGGGUGACAGCAACGAACUGCCCAGUAUACUUCGGGGAGCAAUUACUACACCGCGUACUAGCAACUGGUUGGUUGAGAGUUCCAACACUGUACGGGCUUUGCAGCCGGAUCCGCGAAACUUUGUGCGCGCCACAAAGUCACACGAGUUUCAUAUGGGUCGUGGCCGCGCUUUAAGCCGUUAUUGACGCAACUGGCAUCAAAUUUUAGUAGCAGUACCGGUAGGCUGCAACCCAUCAGCAGUUGCAUUUACCGCUCGUUAAAAUUAUAUUGCUAUCGAUGUUAUAAUUAUUAAUCUUAUUCUUAGCAUGAACGCUCGCAUCAGAGAUAGAUAGAUAUGCGAGAUAUGUGCUGUUAUUUUGCGCUGCGCUCCCAGUGAAAUAGAUAUCAGAAACUAAUUUUCACAUUUCUUUGUCUAUUAUUUAUUAUGGUCUUUUCUGGUAUUCUGGUUUCUGGUGGUGGGAUAUUCCUGUUUCUAUUGUUAAUAAAUACAUUUAAUAUUUAUUUCUAUAAAAAAUCUUAAUGUUAUUGCUGCGUGACCUUUAUAUAAAUCAUAUUGAAGUG